AGCACCCAAUCCAAACUCCAUUUUAAAUCAUGUGGUGCUAAAACCUGGAAAAACAACAGCAGUUCGGACUUUUGACCAGAGUCUCUGUAGAAACUAUCCCUGCGUUUGUAGGUCAUUGCACAAUAGCUUUACUUUGGAAUAUGUUCAAUAAUAAUCUGUAAUGAAGUCGGCUCUGCUUCACGUAUUGGUGCCUUUUGUGGUCUGUGUCGCCUUGGCGAACACCAGCCUGUUCGACGAAGUUGAGGUGGACUUGUCUUCUGACCAUUAUGCAGAGAAAAUGGUUGAUUCUCUGCCCGGUUUCUUGGCGAUGCCCUGUAACUGUCUGGUUAACCUGGCUUAUAUCUACAUGGGACUGUACUGGCUUUUGUGGCACAGAGGCGUCCAAGAAACGUACCAGAGCCGGUACAUGAGAGAGGUGUUCGCCUUCAUGGCUGUGUUGUACGGACCUGUGCAGUGGACACGCCUGGCGCUGCUACGGCGCGCUCCCGCCGUACUCGACCAGUGGUUCACCCUACCGAUUUUUGCGUGGGUUCCUGUGUGGAUCAGCUUCAUAGAACGCGUGCCAGAGAAGUGGCGCGCGAUGCACGCGGCAGCGCAUGAACUGUUGUCCAUUCUCAGCUACGGCCUGGCGCUGGCGCACGAGCGGGGUUUCGAGUUGGCGCUGGGCUGUCACGUCGUCAUCGCGAUGUUCAAGGGAGUUCGCGUGCAGCUGGCGCACGGGGACGGUCGCACGCGGGGAUAUCUGCUGCUGGCGGUGCUGUCAUGUGCGGGGUUCGUGGUGCUAAAGCUGCUGGAUCACUGGCUCGCUCGGUACCGGCUCUUUCAGCGGCUCACCGGACACUUCUGGUCCAAAGUGUGCGACGUGCUGCAGUUCCACUUCAGCUUCUGUUUCCUGACCACACUGACACAGAGGGCACAGGGAAAGACUGCAGCACAGCAGGAGUGAGAAACAACCAGAGGAGCCCUGAUGAAGAGGAAGAAAAGUCGAGAGACAUUUUACUUUAAUUUCAAAUACAGAAUGUUGUUUUGACUAUUCAAGCCUGGCAGAUGUUGUAGCAGUUUAGUGGGCUAUUAUAGCAUA